AGGUGGAUGAUGGGUGGUGGUGGAGGAAGCAUUCAAUGUUUGAAACUUUUCUGCACAAAUUUUCUGUGUGAGAGAGGGAGGGGAUUCCGAACGGUUUGGACGGAUCGGGAAGUGAAUUCCUCUGCGGCAUUUUAUUUUAUUCAGUAACACUACCAAACUUUUCAAUAGCAGACGAAGCAAUCCAAGAAUUUCAGUCAUUGUUUUCAUACUAUGCCUUUGAUUCUAUGAUUCCAUCUUCUUUCUUCAAAACCCUAGUAAUCCUUCAGUCAUCAUGUCAGUUUCUUAUCCUUGUUGUUUCUGUUUAAUUUCAUUUCUUAACCUAAUUAUUUCUGUUUACUUCGGAAACUUAUCAGCAAUCGACAGUAAGAUUUCACUGCCAGUCGGUUACUACAAUACAGCUAAUGUUCAAGAUCAGUCCCAACAUCCUCCAUACUACGUCCCUUCAUGUGCAAUUUUGGAGGUGGUAUUGUUAGAAGUGCCUGUCACAUCGUUCCUCUCUUCAUUUAUAAAUUCAGCCAUCAGGUGCAAUAGGUGUAAUGGAGGCCUCUUAGCAUCUAUUUAUGAUCUUAAGACUAAACCUUGAUUUUUGGUAUUGAAUUUCCUUUUGUCUUUCCUUACUAGAUACCAUGCUUUGUUUUAUCUUUUGUAUCUUAUAGUUUACCCAAUAUGGUGUGCCCCGUGAUCUCUAGAGUCUUAACCUUUGUAUCUCUUAAUCAAUUUUUUUUUAUUUC